UACUCUCCUUUCUUCCCUUUCUUCUGUGAAUCAGUGUUCAUCGACCCAGCGGAGAGCCAACGAAGCCAAAAAUGGGCGGAAAAAGAAAGAAGGGAGAAAGCGAAGGGAUGGAAGGAGAUAACGAUAGCAAAAACAAUAAUAAAAAGAUGAAGCAGAAGAGUGAGAUGCUUCCUUCCUCCAUAAAAAACAAGGAGAAGAGGUCGGCUGUACACGCCAAACUCAAGCACCAAAAGAAGCUCGAGAAACGCAAGAAGCUUAAAGCUCGUGACGCCUCCGAAAAACGCGCUCUUGAACUCGGAGAAGAGCCUGCACCGAAGCAAAUCCCUCGGACUAUUGAAAAUACGAGAGAAGCUGACGAGACUGUUUGCAUGCCUGAUGAUGAAGAGCUGUUUGUUGGUAAUGAUGCGGAUGAAUUCAGUUCGAUUCUAAAGCGUGAUCGCAUUCCAAAGAUAUUAAUCACCACUUGCCGUUUCAAUUCGACUAGGGGACCUGCUUUUAUCGCCGAAUUGCUUUCGGUGAUCCCUAAUGCUCAUUACUAUAAGAGAGGAACAUAUGACUUGAAAAAGAUUGUGGAAUAUGCAAAUAACAAAGAAUUCACGUCGAUUAUAGUAGUUCACACCAAUCGAAGAGAACCGGAUGCUCUUCUAAUCAUUGGCUUGCCUGAUGGGCCUACAGCCCAUUUCAAGCUUUCGAGUCUGGUUUUGCGGAAGGACAUUAAGAAUCACGGAAAUCCUACUGGUCACAUGCCGGAGCUAGUGUUAAAUAACUUCACAACUCGCCUGGGCCAUCGCAUUGGGAGGCUAAUUCAGGCACUUUUUCCCCAAGAUCCUAAUUUUCGGGGACGACGAGUUGUAACGUUUCACAAUCAACGAGAUUUUAUAUUCUUCCGACAUCACAGGUACAUAUUUGAAACCAAGGAGAGCAAACAGAGUGAUUCAAAAGGUAAAAAGGCAAAGGAUGCGAAGGGUGAUAGCAUUGCAAAAGAGAAAGUAGUUGCUCGUCUUCAGGAGUGUGGUCCUCGGUUUACACUAAAGUUGGUAAGUCUACAGCAUGGGACAUUUGAUACCAAAGGCGGAGAAUAUGAGUGGGUUCACAAGCCUGAAAUGGACACCAGCCGAAGGAGAUUUUUCUUGUAACUUGGUACAUGCUUUCAUUUGCUUCGCUCCUGGAAUGCAACAAUUUUCUGUUGAAGAGGGUUGGUACUGCAAUGAGAGAUGAAGUUGAUGCUCAAAUUUUCUCCUUGUGCUUGCAUCUUGGGUUAGAGCAUUUUUAUAUUUAUAUGAUCAAUUUUGCCCAAUUAUAUAACGGAUCUGGAAGAAAUUGAAUUGUUUUUGCAUAGAAAAUUUAUAAUUGUGAUAAGC